GGGUCUUUUUUAGCGCCGUCUGCUCACGGCGCCGCCUCCCGCUCCUCCCGCCGCCGCCCUGAGUCACUGCCUGCGCAGCUCCGGCCGCCCGGCUCCGCGUCCGAGCCUCCUGGAACGAUAUGAAGUGUUGAGCUGUGAAGAUUGGGAAGAAAGUUGGAAAAGCUUAAGAUUUUUGGAGUUCUUACAAGAUGGCAGACAUUGACAACAAAGAACAGUCUGAACUUGACCAGGAUUUGGAAGAUGUUGAAGAAGUAGAAGAAGAAGAAACGGGUGAAGAAACAAAAAUCAAAGCACGUCAGCUAACUGUUCAGAUGAUGCAAAAUCCUCAGAUUCUUGCAGCUCUUCAGGAAAGACUUGAUGGUCUGGUAGACACCCCAACAGGAUACAUUGAAAGCUUGCCUAAGGUUGUCAAAAGACGAGUGAAUGCUCUCAGGAAUCUUCAGGUUAAAUGUGCACAGAUAGAAGCCAAGUUCUAUGAGGAAGUCCAUGACCUUGAGAGGAAGUAUGCUGUUCUCUACCAGCCUUUAUUUGAUAAGAGAUUUGAGAUCAUUAAUGCAAUUUAUGAACCUACAGAAGAAGAAUGUGAAUGGAAACCAGAUGAGGAAGAUGACGUUUCGGAGGAGCUAAAAGAAAAGGCCAAGAUUGAAGAUGAGAAAAAGGAUGAAGAAAAAGAAGACCCUAAAGGAAUUCCUGAAUUUUGGUUGACAGUUUUUAAGAAUGUUGAUUUGCUCAGUGAUAUGGUUCAGGAACAUGAUGAACCUAUUCUGAAGCACUUGAAAGAUAUUAAAGUGAAGUUUUCAGACGCUGGCCAGCCUAUGAGUUUUGUCUUAGAAUUUCACUUUGAGCCCAAUGAAUAUUUCACAAAUGAAGUGUUAACAAAGACUUACAGGAUGAGGUCAGAACCAGAUGAUUCUGAUCCCUUUUCUUUUGACGGACCAGAAAUUAUGGGUUGUACAGGGUGCCAGAUAGAUUGGAAAAAAGGAAAGAACGUUACUUUGAAAACCAUUAAGAAGAAGCAGAAACACAAGGGACGUGGGACAGUUCGCACUGUGACUAAAACAGUUUCCAAUGAUUCUUUCUUUAAUUUUUUUGCUCCUCCUGAAGUUCCUGAGAAUGGAGAUCUGGAUGACGAUGCUGAGGCGAUACUGGCUGCAGACUUUGAAAUUGGUCACUUUUUACGUGAACGUAUAAUCCCAAGAUCAGUGUUGUACUUCACUGGAGAAGCUAUUGAGGACGAUGAUGAUGAUUAUGAUGAAGAAGGUGAAGAAGCUGAUGAGGAAGGGGAAGAAGAAGGCGAUGAGGAAAACGAUCCAGACUAUGACCCAAAGAAGGAUCAAAACCCAGCCGAGUGCAAGCAGCAGUGAGCGGUGACGGCCCUGAGGACCGCCUCCCUGUAAUAGCCUAAACACGACUCCUUACUUACAGCCUUAUGGUUUUGUAUUUUCUUGGUAGAAUCAGUAAGUUUUUAAGGGAAAGGAAAUUGAUAUUUUAAAGACCAAUUUGUUCUACCUAGCAUCCUAACUCCAGCUCUGUCAGACAGGUUAAUGCAUACAUCCUCUCUCGUGCAUGCUUAUUCACUGCUGCAGUUUGGUUCUUCUGGAAUAUUUCCAUCAUGUAGCUAUUGGAACACAAUUUCAAAAACCAACUGUUGAACAUACUUGGAGUAGCUGUUUCUUUCCUAAAGAACCAAAGUUGUUUUCAGCUGGUAGAACAGGUCGAGGUCUGCCUGCAUUAGUUGUGCUUCCUGUUCUGGACAAGGCACGACAUCAUUUGAGGAAGGAAAAUUGUGGUUAAGAAUUUCCAGUAAGAUCAAACUUAAUAACUGAGAUUAUUAAGGUAUUUUUAUGUUUUCGAUGAUAUGACAAAAGUCAACUCAUUUAUUGCAAGGUGGACAAACCCUAGGUUCUCUAGAGAAGUUAAUUGAUAGUAUUUAAUGUACUUUGAAAAUUAACCUCCAUUAAUGAAGUCUUUCUUUGUGGUAGGGCCUACCUUCUGCUUUCCUGGAAAUGAUGAAUAUACAUCAUUUGAACCUAUUUUGAGUUUUUCUGUUGUUUGUCUGCCUAAUUUUGUUUUUAUAGCCUAAAAUAAAAAAUAUGACACAGUUUUAGCUCUCACAGGAUGCUGUCUGUUUGUACUGAUUGAGGUUUGUACUGAUUGAGGCUAUUGCAGAGGGUUAGUUGGAGGUCAGGGAUGCCUAGUUUUGUAUAUGGAACAUCGUUGGAGGAACUCUUAAUUCACAUGUGCUUUUAAAAAAGUGAUGUGCUCUAGUUGGUUUAACGGAAAGGUUGAAAUUGCCCUUGUUGGACCUGGAUACCUUUACUUGGACUUUGUCUUUAUUCCAUCCGCAUGCUGAGGAUGAGGUGUGCCAUGAGCCCUGCUCGUCACUGUGCAUGACCAAGGAUGGGGGGACUGUUGAUCCAACUACCUCAGCUCUGUCAGGCAUCCUGCGCUAAUCUCAAACUCUCAGUCUUACGAAAUGCUCAAUUGGGCCUCUAUACCACGUGUGUGAUACUCAGCAUAUUCACACCAGGCUUUGAUGAGUGAACUGGAGAAAGAAGGUUAAACACUUCUAUUCUCAUCUGAGCAUGUGGCUCUGGUUUUGGGGGGAAUGAAUGAAAGUAGUGUAUGAUUUCAAGAGAUUGAAGGGUUUUGGGAUUUUAGAGUUAGCUUUUUUUUACCCCCUUCAUAUAUUUCAAGUGACCACAUUGUAAUACAUCCUAAGGUGGUCAUGAGGCAGUGGAGGGUGGCAUGACGCUUCAGACCACUGAAAGCCACAUUUAAAAUACCUCAGGCUAAUUACUGUUCACUUUGGGGGAAGGAAUAGUUUUGACAGGGUAUAUUAGUCGGAUUUUACUCCGAGGAAGGUUCCUGCUGUUAAUAAAAUUUACAUUGAGGAAAUUUUUUUUCUGGUGAUAGUUCUUUUUGUGAGAUUUUAGUAUUUAAGCUUAGAAUGUGAGCACAUUCUAUAGCUGAUAUCUUCCUGAGAUUUUUAACUACUGGAAAUCCUUAACCAAUUAUAUUUUAUUGAUUUGGUUGCUUUUUCUUAGAUGGUUUCUGCUAUUUUCUGUAAUCAUAGUUCAUCUAAACACAGCCUAUUUUCUUGAACAUUAAAGUUUGUAACCUAAAGAGAGGAUCUCGUUUUCCAGUGAACUUACAGACUAGCGCAGUCUUCCCUUCUGUAGGAAGUAGCUGUUGCCAAAGCGAAGAGGUAGCUGGCUCUUGUUGUAUAAUGGGAAAGUGCCGUGUGGAGCUUCAGGGGUCAGUGUUUAUUAUGACAUCUGUCAGUCCCCAAAUGGUUCUAUUCUCCUCUAGAAGUCUGAAAUAUGUAAUCUGAAAUCCUUAAUAAAAUUGGAUCUAAUUUUAUAAAAUA